GUCUGGAAUGAAGUUUCAAGCACCAAAGAACUGUGGAGGCAGCUGUGUCUGAGACGCUGGUCCUCCUGCAGAGCCUCUCAAAUGGUCCCUGGCACACAAACAUGGAAACAGUACUAUCUCUCCCGGUCUGAGCUGGAGUUUCGAGUGGAAUCUGGGCGGCCCGAGGACUUUGUUUACAAAACUAUUGCUGGGCAUACAGGACAGAUAAAUCAGCUGGCUUAUGUGUCGACCAAUGAGUACCGGUUUGACGGAACAGAGAAGUCUGUGGUCUGCACUGUGUCUGCGGAUUGCACUGUGCGUGCCUGGGAUUUGUGUGAGGGCACAGAGAUCUGGUCCAGCCCUGCGCAGCCAGCUCCUCUGGUGAAUUUGGUGACCUACCCUCAGCAGCAGCUAGUCAUCACUGUGGACACAGAAGGAUUGAUAAAAGUGUGGGGAGCAGAGACUGGAUGUGAGGGGGCUUCCUUCUCCUUACUGAAUUCCUGUGCUGCAGUCGAGGCCUAUGACCAGCCUGAGAAUCCCUUUCUGCUGGUAGUCUGUGCCAGAGGAAACCUCUAUACACUGUUGGUGCCUCAACUGAAAAUGGUCUCCAAGGUGACCACAUUACUCCAUACCUCCUUGGGCUUCUCAGGUUCACCUGAUAGACAGUGGGUAAUUAUAUUCCCGAAGGAUUUGGAACUAGGUCCACAGGUCUUCGACAUUGAAUCUCUGCUGGACCCAUUGGAAGAAGAGCCUGUCUGCACUGUCCUCCCUGUCAGUUUGACUUUCAAGGCCUGCUGGGCCCCAGUUGAGGCAGCCAGGCUGAUUGUGAUGCACAGAAAUUGUGAUUGCACACAGAUGAUGGUCACUACCUUUGAGUUAAAGGCGGAUAAGUCCAGGGGUAGAGUGACCACUCUGGUGCAACAGAUUGUCAGCUUCUCUUUGCCGGACACCAUGAUGCCUCCUUACCUCAUGCAAAGCCAUGGCUCUCAGGUGAUCCUGCUGGCCUGUGGCUCAAAGCUGGUGCUAUUCACCAUAUAUGGCCACCAUUUGACAACCUUCCAGGACCACCAGAGAUCCAUCACAUCCUUGUGGGUGGAUGCAAACCAAGUUAUCUCCUCCUCCUUGGACCUCUCUUUGCGCAUCUACACAUGGAAUAAGGAAAAUAAAAUCCCAGCCCUCAGGAGCUGCUAUCACUUGCUUGGAGGAUCCCACAGAUGGGCCAAUGGAUUUAUCCUUGUGAAAAGUGAUAGCAGGAGCAUUGUGGCUGUGGAAGACAGAAGCAACGGAAUAAGUAUUCUGAGGUCAUAUUGCUUUAAAGUUCGGCAUAACUGAAAGUUAUUUUAUCAGUUGAAGAGUUUCUCAUUGUUGGUAAACAGCUUGCAUGCAUACAAAGACUAAGUUAUGUUAUCCACAUUGGGAAAGUAAUUAGUAGUUCUCAGAGGCCUGCUCUAUACCAAAUGCAUUGAGCUCUGUGACUUGACUUCUCACAAGAAGCCAAUGAAAUAUGUGCAAUAAAUAAUGAUGUUUCUUUUUCUGGAAAAUGAGAUUCAAAAGGGGGUGACUAGACAUUCUUAGUCCCAUUUUCUUGUUGCUGACUAACUUAAGAUUUUUAAGUCCUAAGUGGCAAACAAUUUGAAUGUUUGACUAUUGGGAAACUAUUAUUGUUGUAAAGUUAUUAGAAUUACACUGUUGUUUUUGUUAUCCAAAUAUGUAAUUAACCGAGUAAAAUAUUUUUUAUCUUUCUA